CGUGUUGUCAAAAGCCUUUGUUUACCACCCGACCGAAGAAACUUUACAUCGCCGAGAGAAAAUUUCUUUCGGAAUUUUAAAAACAAAAUGCGUCGAAAAGCUGGUGUGGGAGCUAUUCACAAGCAAAAACUGGAAGCGGAGAAGUACCGCGACAAGGGCACCGAACUACAGGACUCACAGUUCGAACAAAUGGUUAGACAAACGGAGGUGCUGAAAGAAAAUUUGGAGGAAUUCGCCGCAAAGCACAAAUCCGAAAUCAAGAAGAACCCACAAUUCCGCCGACAGUUCCAGGAGAUGUGCGCGGCGAUUGGAGUUGAUCCGUUAGCCUCGGGAAAAGGUUUCUGGAGUGUACUGGGCAUGGGGGACUUUUACUAUGAGCUCAGCGUUCAGGUCGUGGAAACUUGUUUGGCUGCAAAUUACAGCACGGGCGGAUUGAUAGAGUUGGAUGAGCUACGAAGUCGUUUGGUGGCAGCGAGAGGACGCAAACAAGUUCACCAGGAGAUAUCCAAUGACGAUAUCUUGAUGGCGGUGAAAAAGUUGAAAAUCUUCGGCAAUGGAUUCACGGUUUAUCCGGUGGGAUCUGGAAAAUAUAUGGUGCAGUCCAUCCCCGGUGAGUUGAGUCUUAACGAGACUUCGGUUUUGAAAGUUGCUGCCAGCCAAGGGCAAGGUUUUAUAACCAUAUCAUUGCUUGUUACGAACUUGGGUUGGACAGAGCAGCGCGCUCGGCAGGCGGUUGACAAAAUACUGUCGGAUGGACUCGCAUGGGUUGAUAGUCAAGGAGGUGAAGAGUCUUUCUGGUUUCCUUGUCUAUUCCCAGGACGCCAAAGAGUUUUACAAUUGUUCGCGCCCGACGCUCCGAGUGCCGAACAAAAUUUUAGCAACCGAAACCACGCCCAACGAAAAUGCGCAACAAUGCAAUCCGCUAUAAAAGUGGCGAGCACGAUGCGGUCCACAUCUAGCUCUAGAGGCGAAUGAACUGAAAAGUUUAAAACCUCUAUAAUUCAUCACGUUCGUUCGUUCGGUCCACAUCUAGUAUUCCGCCGACCACCGAACAGUGUUUUGAUAACCAUCAUCCAGUAUUCCGACUGUUACCGAGCAGUUAAGUGCAAUAUUCGGCAAUCAUCGUGCAGUUUUCUUUCCACCACCAAGCAGUAACCAGCUUUACAUUAACCACUGCGCAAUAAGCAGCAGCAGGAACAACAACAACAGCAGCAGCAGCAGAAGAAUGCAGA